UUCCUGGCUGGUUUUUAACCACCAUCACCGGCCUACGUACUCAGAGAUAACAGACCAUCUGACACCUUUCUUUUCAUGGUAAACUUUUAUAAAAACAGCCAGAGUUCUGGGAAGGUGAGCCACUUCCAAGAUAUACAUCAAUUUGACAAGAGACCACACAACCAGUCUCCCGCCGAGCCACGCCCAAGGGGGGAGGGGCUUGGACUGCGCGUGCGUGCUGGUUCCAUUCCAAAUCCUGGCCCCCUGGAAAACCGGACUAGAAAAGCUGUCCCGCUGCCUCCCAGCUGCAGAGUUUACCCCAGGUUCUUUGGUCUCCGACGGCCUUUCUACGCACACGCAGCCAUGUCUUCCGGCAGACCCGUGGCACUGGUGACUGGUGCUAACAAAGGAAUCGGAUUCGCGAUCGUACGUGAUCUGUGUCGUAAAUUCUCGGGGGACGUGGUGCUCACGGCGCGGGACGAGUCACGGGGCCACGAGGCGGUGAAGCAGCUGCAGGCGGAGGGCCUGAGCCCACGCUUCCACCAACUGGACAUCGACAACCCGCAGAGCAUCCACACGCUGCGCGACUUUCUGCUUCAGGAGUACGGAGGACUGAACGUGCUAGUCAACAAUGCGGGCAUCGCCUUCAAAGUUGUUGACCCCACCCCCUUCCACAUUCAAGCAGAGGUGACAAUGAAAACCAACUUUUUUGGUACCCAAGAUGUCUGCAAGGAGCUACUCCCUAUAAUAAAACCCCAAGGUGAGUCUGGCCCAGCUCCUCUCCCUCUCUGCACCUGCCUCUCUGCCACUUGGAGGUGUGGCUCUGCUCCUUGGUGUCUGUUCUAUCUUUGCAUACCCAGCUCUUCUUUAACCUUUCAGUAUGAUUCCAAGGUCCCUUGGUUCCACCUCCUCACCCCUGAGGGGGUUUUAGGAUUCCAAUUAUCUCAAUACACUUCACAUACAUACUAACAUCACACUGCUCACAAUAGCCUGUCCCCACAAGUCCCCAGGUUGGACCCAAGUGCCUCCAUCAGCUCAGUCUCACAGCAGGUCUCAGCUGUCAAGCUGCACUCCUGCAAACCCUGAGGGGGCCUCCUUUCUGGAGCAGCCUUUUUUCCUGGGCUUCUACACCUCUUACAGAACCCUUCCCCUCCUAAAAAUCCUUUAGGAAGUAGAUCAGGUCUUUAGCAUGGUUCACAGGACUCUGUAAUCUGACCUUCCUUCCUCUGGGCUCAUGUUAGCGCCCCAUCAACAAGCUUCACCUUUCUGCAAAACAAGCUAUCACCUGACUUUCAUCGUGAAGUGCUGUAACACCCCCAAAUCUCUGGAUAGCAUAUGAACCACUGCUCAUUAAAUACACACCAGUGAAGACAAGUGAGCUGCUUUGGAAAUGUGAGUCUCUGGUACAGAGUUGACUAAGUAUAGCUCUCUCCAGGACUCCUCUCUCCAGAAUGCCCUCUGGACCAGACCUCAUGGUCAUCUGGCUUCGCUACCCACCCAAACCUUGACGGCGAGACAGCAGAUUCUGGGCUAUUUGAGUCCUUUUCUGUGCAUCCCUGUCUCAACUGAAAUCUUGGGGAUCUAAUGUCUCACCGUUUGUAAAGUGUUGCUCCUGUGUCCGCAUCUCUACAUGAUGAUGUGUUUUCAGGCAGAGUGGUGAAUGUAUCAAGCAGCGUGAGUCUCCGGUCCCUGAAAAGCUGCAGCCCGGAGCUGCAGCAGAAGUUUCGAAGUGAGACCAUCACUGAGGAAGAGCUGGUGGGGCUCAUGAACAAGUUUGUAGAGGAUGCAAAGAAAGGAGUCCAUGCGAAAGAAGGCUGGCCCGAUAGUGCAUAUGGGGUCACCAAGAUUGGGGUGACAGUCCUGUCCAGAAUCUAUGCCAGGAAACUCAAUGAGGAAAGGGGAGGGGACAAGAUCCUCCUGAAUGCCUGCUGCCCUGGGUGGGUCAGAACCGACAUGGCAGGACCAAAAGCCCCCAAAAGCCCAGAAGAAGGAGCAGAGACCCCCGUGUACUUGGCCCUUUUGCCUCCAGAUGCAGACGGGCCUCACGGGCAGUUUGUUCAAGAUAAAAAAGUUGAACCCUGGUGAAUCCAACUCUCACACCCCCCACCCCUUCUAUCCUGACUUGGUGAAAGCCAAGGGACAUUUAUAAUAUACCAUCACUUCUGGAAAAAUAAACAUAACUAAGUCUUUAAGCACACAA